UCUAUCUCAGUUGCCGUUGCCUCUGGAGCUCUCUGGUUUGGUGUUCUCCCAUUCUCAGGCGAACCCAAACCUCCUCGAAACCAACCAACCAUGGCGGACAACAAGGCUGUCACCAUCCGCACCCGGAAGUUCAUGACCAACCGGCUUCUCUCUCGCAAGCAAUUCGUCAUUGAUGUUUUGCAUCCAGGGAGGCCAAAUGUUUCCAAGGCCGAGCUGAAGGAGAAGCUAGCGAGGAUGUACGAGGUUAAGGACACAAAUGCAAUCUUUGUUUUCAAGUUCAGGACUCACUUUGGUGGUGGUAAAUCAACUGGGUUUGGGUUGAUUUACGAUUCUGUUGAGAACGCAAAGAAGUUUGAGCCCAAGUACAGAUUGAUCAGGAAUGGACUUGAUACCAAGGUAGCAUCAUCCAGGAAGCAGUUGAAGGAGAGGAAGAACCGUGCAAAGAAGAUUCGAGGAGUAAAGAAGACAAAGGCUGGAGACGCUGCCAAGAAGAAGUGAGAAUAGUGAUCUUGUUAUGUAGCCAUUGGGUGCUUCUAAUAGCCAUGUUUUUGGGUUUGAAAUGAAAUAUCAUUGAUCAGUGUGGAUUUUAGAGGCAACUUCUGCUUAGUUUCGUUUUGUUUCAGAUUUUGAGUACCCUGCUGUGGACAAAGUUAAGAUAUUUAGCGAAAAAUUUCAGUUUAUUUAUUGACUAAUAUUAUUUAGUUCUGGUUGUAUCACAUUGAAUAGAAGAUGCAUCUAAUGUUUUGUGGCAUUUUGUUAUGGU